GUUUUUUUCCAAUCCAGGAGAUGUUGUCAAUUGUUCUUUUACCUGAACUGCCAUAUUUUCAAACCGAGCCAAGAAUUUGGAAUCUUUAAACCGUUUAUCCAUCCAUUCACUUUGGUCAUGAUUCCCUAGCUCUGCCAAGAUGUUCAUGGCGCUUUCGACUUCUGUAGUCAUGAAGGGUGACAAAAACACUGUUGUGACUGCGGCAAACCACUUAUCUAGACAUUCCGUGGUGACUAUGUUGAAAGCUGUACUUGUGGGCAUCGUCAGAGAUAUUUUUAAUCAAAUGGCAACAGCAAAGGCUUAUCAAUGCACUGCAUUCAAAUGUUUUCCCCUCAAACAUAAAUUCAUAACAUUUAUUUAUGUAUUCAACUAUUUCAUUACAUUCGUUAAACGCUUUAACAAAUCCUUUGAGUAUAGCUGUAGAAAAAUCACUAAUUACAUGUGCUAUGAACUUGGUACCACACUGUUGAAAAUUUAACACUCCAGAUAGCUG